AUGGAGGCCGUAGAGUCUCCCAAUGCCACAUCUGAGUCUGGAACCCUCAGCCCGGCGCACUUCAACCAAUCACGCAAACGGAAGCUUUCGGGGUCCACGGACCGUCCCACCCGCGAGUAUGGUUUGAUGCGAGACACGGGCAAGCAUGACACCGCACGCUUCGUCGGCAGCGGCAGCGGCAUUCACUUCAUCCGGGGCGUCUACGUGCGCCUCGCCCGCAAGUCCGCCCUCCGCACCACCGCCACCUCUUCCAACUCCCAGUCCAGCAACAUCAACGACCUCGUGCCCGGCGAGGACGACCAGCUGCAGCGCGAGGCCUCGUCGCGCGACGGCGACGAGCAGAACAUCUGGCACGACCACGAGCUGGUCCCGGAGACGGAGCGCCAAGACGUCAACCCCUCGUUCGAGCAGCUCGUCGAAUGGUCCAGGAGCUACUUCGAGGCAUGGCACCCGACGCUCCCCUUCCUCAGCGCCCCGGAUGUGCUGGGCCUCUUCGAAGAGGUGAGCGCUGCCGGCGUCGCCUCGCUCGGCCACCUUGAGCGGUCCAUCGUCAAGUCCAUCCUGUCCAUCUCGCUGGCCGACAGUCGUCAGAGGGCCGCCUUUGCCCAGCCUCUGCCCGCCUCCCUCGUCUUCCGCACCGUCGAGGAGGCAAUGUCGGCCUCGCAGUUCGCCCUCUACCAGCCGGCGUCGGUCCAGGCCACCCAAGCCGCGCUCGCCAUCCAGCUGUUCCUCGUCUCCAUGCUGCGCCUGAACUCGGCCUCCCGCCUGGGCGGCUUGAUCGUCCGCAUGGCCUUCCACCUCGGCCUCCACCGCUGCCCCUCGAGGUACCCCUUCUUCACAAAGGAGGAGGCCCACAUGCGCCGGCGCGUGUUUUGGUGCAUAUACUGCACCGAGAGGUUCCUCUGCCAGGCCCUCGGCCUGCCCCUCGACAUCAGGGACGACGACGUCGACGUCUGUUACCCGGGCGAGGAGCGACACGGCGGCGGCGGCGGCGGCGGCGAGGAGGACAACCGUCUGCAGCUGCUCACGUACCUGGUGAAGCAUGCGCGGAUCCGCGGUCUCAUACUGGAGCUGAGGAACAAGUCGAUCCACUCGCGAGACGACACCGCGGACCGCGCGAGCUACGUCCAGGCGGAGCUGGCGAAAUGGUCCAACGAGAUCCACGACGCCGUCGAGGACGAGCAGGUGCAAGACGAGAACGCUCCCCAGCCGCCCAUAUCCUCGGGCCACAGGGUGUUCCUGCUGCUCCUGAAGUACGAGUCCAUGAUCUCCCUCAACCGCCCGAUGAUGACCUCGGACCCGUCGAGCCCGGCCUACUCGGCCGGCUUGCAGAACUGCAUAUUCGCGGCCAAGUCCAUCUUCAUCUCGCUGAAGAGGUACCACAGCCAGAACAGGAUCCCAGCCGAGCCGACGAGCGCUCGCUUGCUCGAGCCGAUGCUCCAGCCUGCCUUCACGUGGGCGGUUUGGAUCAGUGCCUUUAUACUCAUAUAUGCCGCCUUUGAGCGGCAACUGCCCUUGGCGAGUGCGUUGAAACACGUCGAGUCCGGCAAGGAGAUCCUGCGUCACAUCGCGUCCAGAGACACAUCGUGGCCCGAGUACUGCCUGUCCGCAAUCGACGAGCUCACGGCGGCUGUGCGGGAGCUCUCGGCCCCGCCCGGUUCGCUUCGCCGGCAGCCGAGCACGAGUAACCCGGCAGCGCCUCCGAACCACUUGCGUCCGGACAUGGGGCAGCCGGCCCGGCCCAGCAGCAGCUCCCACAGACCCAAACCUUCCCAUCCACGGACGCGCUUCUCCCCAUCCGUCGCCGCCUCCACCGGCCGUCCAGACGACCAUGGCCUAGGCGGGCCGCCUGAUGGCACCACCAUGUGGCCGCCGCCGCAGAACCAAGCCGACGGGUUCUCGGGACCGGAUGACCAGUCGUCCGGCCGGUGGCCCACGCAGGCGUCGCCGGCAUCGGGCACGUCGGCCCCGGCGGCGGGAUGGACCGCCGGCACGCCGGGCGCCCAGCCCGGCUUCCAGGCCGCGGCCCACCAGGACUCUCCCGGCUUCGACGCCACCCAGCCGUUCUCCAUAUCCCUGGCGGCGACGUCGUUCCCCUCGGCGGGGGUCAACGCCACCGAGACCGCGCCGGGGGAGGGGCAGGAGUCCAUGGUGUGGUACGAUCAGCUGUUUGCCAACUCGUUCGGCGCCAUCGACUACCCGUUCCUGGCGGCGGCUCAGUUCGACCCGUCCGUGGACCCCACGUGGUCGUACUUGAGGUAA